GGGGAGAAAAAAAAACAUCGCAUUUAGAAUAAAUCCGGAUAUAAAAAAUAAUCGAGAUCAAUUGAUUCAUUAAGUAGCGGACGAAAUCAUUUAUUAUUUUCUAAAUUGUAUUUUAAUACCAGGACUAAGUACUCGAUCCCAGAGAAAUGUUUUGUCAAUGACAGACGCUUGCAAAUGUUAGUUAAAGUCAUGGCUUUGGUCAAACAAAGUUAUUUUAUUGCGGGUCGUUUCUCCAGCAACCCCCGGUGGUUGAAUCCCAAAUGCAACCAACAUGUGUUCGCCGUCAGCGGACUGACCACAGCGGCCAGGUCAUCACAGACACCGAAGGACCGCAAGAAGGAGCUGUCCGAUGACGGGCCCGACCUCCAGGACUUUAUAUCCGGGGAGCUGUCUGAGAAGAACAACUGGGAGGAGUACAGGGGUAACCUGAAGAGACAGAAGGGAGAGAGGCUGAGACUUCCCCCGUGGCUGAAGACUGAGAUUCCUAUUGGCAAGAACUAUAACAAGCUGAAGAACACCCUGAGAGACCUCAACCUGCACACGGUGUGUGAGGAGGCCAGGUGUCCUAACAUUGGGGAGUGUUGGGGAGGAGGGGAACAUGGUACUGCUACAGCCACCAUCAUGGUGAGUUUACUAGGAGACCAGGUGUCCUAAUGUUGGGGAGGAGGG